UUGAAUGGGGCGGGGCCGGGCCGUGCCGGUGAGUUCCGUGGAAGGAGGGUGGGAGUGCUCGUUGCGGGGCCGGGCGGGGCGGCGGGCGGCGCCCCGCAGCGAGCGUGGCGCGCGGCGGCGCGGGCGGGCGGGCAGUGCGCUUGCGGCUGCCGCGACGUGAGCACGGAGCGCUUGCGUCGCCGCGCGCGAGGUCAAGUGCGGUGGAGCGGUGUUUGCAGUGCGCGCGUGUGCCAGCUGUGGGAAGACGCGUCUGGGGUAAGACUGAGAUGAUCAACGAAUUGUCCUUGAUUGAG